AUGGACCGCUUCAACUUCCUCCCUCAAGGUCUUCGGCGGAACAGCCCUGCUCCUCCCCCUGCUGCCGCCAACGCCGCCGCAACCACAACCACAGCCACAACCGGCACAGCCGCCGAUCACACCAACACCGGACAACCCGCCCCCCUCCCAGCAGUCUACCACCAAAACCAAAACCAGAACCGCACUCAAAGACCAUACAACUACCCCGAAUCCGUCUCCUCUUUGUCUUCUGACGACGAAUAUGAAGACGACGACGACGACGACGACCUCUACGAAGACGAAGAAGUCCGCUCCGUUUCUUCUCAAUCUUCUCGCGACUCCGACACUGCUCCGCUUUCUCCCAGACAUCGACAGCAACGAGCUCAAUACCCAUCUAGCAGUAGCACUCUGAACCGACGCUCCCACCACAAUAACAACAACAUGGCCACCAACGUUCAGGAUGAUCUCUACUGUGACCUCGAAGCCCAACUAGGCAUCCACCCUGCCCUUCGCGUCCCGCCGGGGCCCGGGAACGUCCCGGCGAACUUCCCUGCUCCACCACCCAUCCCCCAACAAGAAGAAAUGGCAGAAGUCGAACGCCGGUCUUCCUCGCGCUUCUUUCUUCCUAGAAUGUCCUUUCGCUUUUUGGGCGGAGGUGGUAGACCUCGCCCGGCAUCAAGUCAUUAUUCAGGCGAUGGCUUGCCGCCCGCUACCGAGGUGAAUUUCCCGGUGUCGCCCAAGUCACCGGCUUUUCGAAUCGGGGAACAAGAGUUGCCGAGUACGAGGCUGCAUGUCCCUGGGGUGGAGAGGACUUGGAGUAGGGGGAGUAAUGGGCCGCCUACGAGGGAUGGGUCUUCUUCUCAUGGAGGAAGAGGCGGAGGAGGAGAGGCGACGAGGGGAGCUUCGAGGUAUGGGUUUGGGUUACUGGGCGGGAAUCGAGGGGCGAGUCGAGAUGGGAGGACGGUGCGAGUGACGGAACCCAGAAGGACAGCUGCGAGACGGCAUCGGAGUGAGAGGGAUGGAGAGCGUAGUGAGCGCCGUAGAGAAGGAGGUGGUGGCAGGUCGAGGUCGGGAGCUGGACAUGCCGCCUCUGGUGAUCGAAGUCGGGGUCAUCGCUCGAGGAGAGAUCAUGGCAGGUCAACGACGACGGGGAGACAUAGACAUGCGCGUGAUGAAGAGAGGAGAAGGAGGAGGAGGAAAAAGAAGAGUAGCAGCUCGAGAAGGCAUGAAGGUUCCGGGUCGGGAUCGCACUCGAGGUCGGCGAGGACGACGGCUGCCGGAGGAGGACACUCGGGGCGCAGGAAAAGAAGAGCACCACCGCCGAAACACUUCCUGUUUUGUUUCCCGUGGGUGAGGUCGCGGACGAAAAGGAGACUGAUUCUGCGGUCUAUUGUUUCGGGGAUGAUUCUGGCUUGUCUGCUCAUCGUCUAUCUCGCCCUUUCCGUCACCCAUAAGGUCCAGGGCAGCGGAUUUACCAUCGCCAUGAUCCUGGUCGUCGUCUUGGGAGCCAUUGUUUUCUUGCACAGUGCCGUCCGCCUCGUGAUGCUGGCAUUCAAAGGCGGACGCAGCAAGCGCAGAGACUUGGAAAGCGGUCUGGCCCAUCCUGAACGAGAUAUCCAUGCCCCCUCAGGGCCAUACGCCAUUCCGCCUACGCCGAUCCGUGUUGUUCUGGCGCGUGAUGAGGAGGCUGCUGGCCUUCCGAGUGCUACGGCCGUGUCGAAACCGCCCGAGUAUGGACAGUGGCGGGAGUCUGUGCGAGUCGAUCCCAACCGCAUCUACUGGAUGCGCAACGAAGGGGCUGUUACUCCCGCGCUUCCGGACGAGGAGGCCAGUUCCGAGGGUGCUCGGUCCAGGGCUGGCAGCAGAGACGGUCCGAAUCCGGGAACUCUCCGCCGGCCUCCGUCGUACAGCUCUGAUGACGGUGUUAGUUAUGUGGUUGAGGCUCAACCGCGGUCCAUCGCGCCGGCCACUGAUGUACCGACCGGCGGCAGGGCUGGUAGGCGGUUGGCAUGA